UAGCUAAAUAAUGACUAAGAAGACCUAGCCAAGCCGACGCCAUGUUGACCAAACCAAAAUGGCUGCAUGAGAGAUUAGUUGACAGUCAGUUGGCUAGAUUUGAGUUGGUUUCUUGUUUUGGAAAAUUACGUACUAUGUUAAUGUCUGGACCCUAUCAAAUCAGCAAGACUAAGGCGUUUCAUUGAAAUCAGUGUCUAUCCUCAUCAGACCAUCAUGAUCAAGUUUUUCCUGAUGGUCAACAAGCAGGGACAGACUCGCCUUUCCAAGUACUAUGAGAAUGUUGACAUCAGCAAACGUGCAGCACUGGAGGCAGAUGUCGUCAAGGGAUGCCUCUCCCGACGAAAAGAUGAGUGUUCCUUUGUGGAAUAUAAAGACUACAAGCUGGUGUAUCGGCAAUAUGCAGCCCUUUUUAUUGUGGUGGGCAUCACAGACACAGAGAAUGAACUCUCUAUUUAUGAGUUAGUGCACAACUUUGUUGAAGUUCUGGACAAGUACUUCAGUCGUGUUAGUGAACUGGAUAUCAUGUUUAACUUGGAUAAAGUGCACAUCAUCCUGGACGAGAUGAUUCUCAACGGGCAUGUGGUGGAGACCAACAAGAGCAGAAUCCUGGCACCCCUGCUUGUUCUGGACAAGAUGGUGGAGAGCUGAGCGCAAAAGCCUUUCCCUUGGUGACAGGGGGAGACCAUCCCUCCAUUCCAUACAUGCUCUGACAGGAGUGGUGCUGCACUAGACAUGGACUCACACCCAAGAGGACUUGCAUGCAGCCAAGCUUGUUGUCUUUGUGCUUUUGAUAAUGCUGUGUUUUCACUUUCUCAUCUGAUUUCAAAAAAGGUGUACAACAUGCCAGCACAGCUGCUGAGUAGAUCACAAGACGGAAGGAAAACCAUGACGCUGCAUACUUUGCAAACAUUUUUUAAUGAUUUUUUUUCGGAGCAUACACAUUUGAAAAUAUUUGUUUACUUCAAACUGCAACUUGAGUUAAAUAAAUGUUUAUAAUAUACAAAGAAAA